AACUGAAACGCGGAUAAAAGUCUCCUUCGCUUGUGACUCCAUAGCAGAGCAGCAGUGUUCAGGUCCGUGGCGUUUCUGAAGCACUCUAAACACCGAGUUUAAGACUGAACGUGAGCGACUCCUCUCUGUGCUUUGGACCGGUCUUGAAGCCUGUUUUCACGUCCGGAACCACCGCCAGCCACUUUUCAUCAUCUACUCCUUAUCAGUUUGCAGCCAUGUUUGAGACCAGCAGUGAUGACCUGUUCCUGCCUUCCUGCCAUGACGAGGAGCUGGUGGACAACCUGCUGUCCAGCGAGGAACUCGAUGGAGAGAAUGACGGAGCAGGCCUCUCCCUAGCCAAGGCCCUGCUUCCCCUGGUAGAGUGCUCCUCGCCUCCCCUCAUCCCCUGGGUCUGCUCCACCCGCUACAAGACCGAGCUCUGCACCAGCUAUUCGUCUACCGGCUUCUGCAAGUAUGCCGAGCGCUGCCAGUUUGCCCACGGCCUUCAAGAGCUCCACGUUCCCUUCCGCCACCCCAAGUACAAGACCGAGCUGUGUCGCAGCUACCACACUACCGGCUACUGCUACUAUGGCAGCCGCUGUCUGUUUGUGCACAACGCCACCGAGCAGAGGCCCACCAUCCGCCGCCGCAGGAACGUUCCCUGCCGCACCUUCCGCUCUUUUGGUGUUUGUCCCUUUGGCACUCGCUGCAACUUCCUGCACAUUGAAGGUAGCGAAGGUGAUGAUGACGGCAGCAGCGGAGCAGAGUCUCCUAACGUUGUUGAGAAGACCGCCACACCUGUAACCCCUCAACUCCAACCACACACCAAGGAGUGGAAGCCUCGUGGAGCUCUGUGCCGCACCUUCAGUGCCUUCGGCUUCUGCCUGUACGGCACACGCUGCCGCUUCCAGCAUGGCCUCCCCAACAAGAUGAAGACCUCAGACCAUAGUCUAGGAGGCUCCCUUUACACUCCGCAAUCUCUGGGCAGUUCAGGUUUACCUUCUCCUUUAUCCAUUUUCGGCUCUACCUCUUCAACCUCCUCCUCUCCACCAUCAACGCCUCCCCUCACCACACCGCCCGCAGAAGCUACCGCCCACAACGCCUUCACCUUCUCCAGCCAGCACCUGAGUGACCUGCUGCUGCCUCUGGCUCUUCACCUGCAGCAGCUGGAGACCAGCAAGGCCCAGGAGAUCUGGGACAACAGGGCCGUCUAACUGGAGAAUGUUAUAGAUGGAACGUCAAGCACUGAACACCACACUUUAAAUUUUUCUUACUUGAAUUUUUUUUAACCCCUCCGCAAUUUUUAAAAUUUCAGUCGACUGGAGUGUAUGUUUAUCAGGUCAAGCAGGUCUUGAACUGUUCUGUUGUAUGGAAUAGUUCUGGACCUCCUGGUCAACAGGUUCAACUAUGAGUAAUAUUUUUUUAACUAUUGUACAUACUUUAUAAAUGAACCUAUUAAAUCAAAUGUCUGACCUCAGCUGUGUGAAUAAAACUAUUUUAAUCUAA